AUGAGGUCCCAUCAUCUGCUCCGUGUAUGGAGUUAUGUCCCUGAUGUGGCACCAAUAUUCUACCCGGACAACGUACGAAGGCGUCAGUUUUCGGACUCUGAACUAUUGGGCACCCCGAUCGCCAAGAAUAUAACUCGACGCGUCCGUGCUUAUACGGCUGAUUCGAUCAACGCCGUCUUGAAGGUGGAGCCUGUCCUCGAUAACCCAGGCGACUGGAUGUGGUGGAGCCCCGCGGAAGGGACAGAAGGUGGUAACAGAGGCUUCGUGGAUCGAGUGGAGGAGCAACUCGAGCAUGGCUACAUCCCAGAGGCCCCCAUUGUGACAGUCGAUGACCUACAGGUGAGUACUAAUAAGUUCACUCCUAUUCACAUCAAUCUUCGGUCGUCAAUCUUCAAUCUCACCACGGCUACCUUGGGCGCAGGAGUUCUGUCCCUACCCUAUGCUUUCCGUAGCUCCGGCUAUCUCGUGGCUUCCCUGUGUCUACUAGUCUGUGCCAUUCUCUCGAACAUAACCAUCGGUUAUAUCCAGGAGUGCAUGGACGUCUCGAGGUGCCAGACGUUUGAAAAGUUGGCUUUCAGCUGCAGUCCUAAUCCAGUUUGGGGUCGAAGAUUUGCCCUCUUCACCAUCAUCAGUGUCAUAACCUUUUGUUUUGGUGCUGCUGUUGGUUACCUCAUUACCAUCGGACAGAUAGGUGGGUCUCAACAGCGCAAGUCCAAUGUCUAA